AACUUAAGUCUCCACAUUGAGAACUCAUGCUUAGAUAUUAUAUUUUAACAAUUGUACUGUAAGAAUAUGCUUGCUUACGCCAUUGGGUACGUCAUUGAAGGAGUCCCGUCAAAUUAAAAAUACUCGACUCAAAAAAUCUGAAUCCUCUAAUCUAUUCAUUCGAUGCCUUAAAAAAAUUCAUCGUCAACGAAACAGGGACCAGCUUAUCUUCCAGAAGAUAGUUUGGACAAUGCGACCCGACACUACUGCCCUUUGAUUCCAUGCCUCUCAAAACCUUUAUUUAUUAUAUCAAGCUGGAAUUAGGAUUUGCAAAGCAGCGAGGGCCCUUUUCAGCUGCUUACUGCAAUCCUGUCUACAAUGGCCCCUCCCUCUGAAUUCAGGCAGAAAAGUCAUGUGGUGAUGUUUCCAUUCAUGGCGCAAGGGCACAUCAUUCCCUUCCUCCACCUCUCCAACUUCCUUGCUGCUCGAACUGGAUUCACCAUCACCAUCGUUAGCACUCCUCUCAACGUUCAGGCCUUAAAACCCACCAUUCAAUCUACCUGCCAAAAAGACCCCGCUCUUGACAUACGCUUAGCGGCGCUCCCUUUCUCCAGUGCCGAUCAUGGCUUACCGCCCGGUUCAGAGAGCACUGACUCGCUGCCUUUUUCACAGGUCCUUACACUCUUGGAAGCCGCAGAGAAUUUGCAGCCCCACUUCGAGAAUCUGAUCCGCAGGAUCUGCACAGAAGAUGGCCGCGCUCCGCUGUGCAUUAUCAGCGACAUGUUCCUCGGCUGGACCCAAGACGUCGCCGACAUGUUUGGAAUACCCAGAAUCUUCUUUCUCACCUGUGGCAUUUAUGGCACCUUGCUUUAUUACUCUUUGUGGAAUCAUUUACCUCAUAACAAGACCGACUCAGAAGAGUUUAUUCUCCCAGAUUUGCCUCACGUUUCUUUGCAUCGAUCUCAGCUUCCCCCUAUCAUAAAAAUGGCGACUGGAACGGAUCCCUGGAGCUUGUUUCAGGCUCGCCAAAUAUCUCCCAAUAUGCGCAGCUGGGGAUUUAUAUGCAAUUCUUACGAAGAGCUUGAGCACAGCUAUUUCGAACACCUCAGAAAGUCCACCGGCAGACCUGUCUGGGCGGUUGGCCCUCUCCUUCCUCCAGAAUUUCUUUCUUCCACUCAAUCUCACGGUGUCCGUGAUCAGUUAAUGCAAAGUAAGGAAGCAAAUGAACCCAGCGAUGCCAUUUCCUGCGUGCGCUGGCUCGAUUCUCAGAAUGUUGCCAGUGUGCUGUACGUCUGCUUCGGCUCCCAGAGCACGAUUUCUGCGUCGAAUAUGAAAGAGCUAGCACUGGGUUUGGAAUCAAGCAGGCAGCCCUUCUUAUGGGUUGUGAGGCCGCCGCUUGGCAUACCGUCGACUGUGGAGUUUUCGUCAGAAUUUCUUCCGGAUGGGUUUGAAGAGCGAGUGAAGGCAAAAAAUCAGGGGUUAGUUAUUAAGAAAUGGGCGCCCCAGCUUGAGAUUCUGGCCCAUCCUUCGACCGGAGGAUUUUUGAGCCACUGUGGAUGGAAUUCGACGCUGGAAAGUGUGAGCCAGGGCGUUCCCAUUAUUGGAUGGCCAAUGGCAGCAGAGCAGUUUUUCAACUCGAAGCUUCUAGAGGAAGAGGUGGGCGUUUGUGUGGAGAUUUGUAGAGGAAGUGAGGGAGAAUUGACGAAGGAGAAGGUGGAGAGGACGGUGAAGAUGUUGAUGUCGGAAGAGAAAGGAGGUGAGAUGAGAGAAAAAGCUGCGGCGAUGAGAGAUGCUGCCAGAAAAGCAGUAAUGGACAGUGCAGAUGGAACCGAGAAAGGCUUGUCGAUUUGUCAGGUUGACGACAUGAUACAAAAAAUUCUUACCACUUCCAAAACUUGGUAAGCGUUCAAAACUAAUUUUCAUGUUUAGAUAAUUGCUCCCGGACUUUGAAUGGCUCAGCAUUUCGGAUUAAAUGCUGUUGGCAAUGUAGAGUGCGAUAUGUUUGCAAUUUAUUAAAUAAAAUGCAUAUAUUUUCACUU